UGUUCAUAUUUCAACAGAUGGACAAUACCAACUGGACCAGUGUAUCCCAUUUUAUUCUCUUGGGCAUUUCUACCCGCCCAGAAGAGCAGAUCCCACUCUUCCUUCUUUUUCUACUCAUGUAUGCAAUCAACAUUUCCGGCAACUUUGCCAUCAUCACACUGAUUAUCUCUACUCCACGUCUCCACACCCCCAUGUACAUCUUCCUCAGUAACUUGGCCUUGGCGGACAUCUGCUUCACUUCCACCACGGUCCCCAAGAUGCUGCAGAACAUGUUCUCUCCUACGAAGGCCAUUUCCUACAUGGGCUGCUUAGUUCAGACUUAUUUCUUCAUAUGCUUUGCAGCCAUGGAAAAUUUCCUCCUGGCUAUAAUGGCCUAUGACAGAUACAUCGCCAUCUGCCAACCUUUCCGCUACCCUAUGAUCCUGACCAGGAUGUUGUGCUUGCAGAUGGUGGCUCUGUGCCAUAUCCUCUCCCAUCUUCAUGCCCUGCUGCACACCUUUCUCAUGGGCCAACUGAUCUUCUGUGCAGAUAACAGGAUCCCCCACUUCUUCUGUGACCUCUACCCUCUGAUGAAGAUCUCCUGCUCCAGUACCCACCUCAACACCCUGAUGAUUCACACAGAAGGUGUCAUUGUCAUCAAUGGAGCUCUGAUCUUCAUCAUUGCCUCCUAUGUCUGCAUCAUCUCAGUGGUCCUCAGGAAGCCCUCAGCCAAGGGCAAGUGGAGAACCUUCUCUACCUGUGGCUCUCACCUCACGGUGGUGGCUAUCUUCUAUGGUACCCUCACAGGGGUCUACUUCCAGCCCCUCACCAGCUAUUCAGUGACCAAAGGUCACAUCCUGACAGUCAUGUACACAGUGGUGACCCCCAUGCUGAAUCCCUUCAUUUACAGCCUGAAGAAUGGAGAUGUCAAGGGAGCUUUCAGGAAAUGGAUGAGCAGAAUAUGGACUUCCUUCUCUAGAUAAAACCCUAAAACAGAGUUCCAAGCUUUAAGAUUCUGGGGAAACCAUUUUAUCCCUCA